CUUUUAGCAAAACCUAGGAAGUGUGUUGUUUGUGAGCAACAGCAGCCGAAGAGCCAUGGCGAGUUACGACCUCACGCAGCGCAUAGCACCGAAUCUCGACCGACAUCUCGUCUUCCCAAUCCUCGAGUUCCUCCAAGAACGCCAGCUUUACCCAGAUGAACAGAUCCUCAAGUCCAAGAUUGAGUUGUUGAACAAGACCAACAUGGUGGAUUACGCCAUGGACAUUCACAAGAGCCUCUACCACACCGACGAUGUCCCUCAAGAUAUGGUGGAGCGGAGGGCGGAGGUCGUCGCCAGAUUGAAAGCCCUUGAGGAGGCUGCUGCUCCCUUGGUCUCCUUCUUGCAGAACCCUUCUGCCGUUCAAGAGUUGAGGCCUGAUAAACAUUAUAAUUUGCAGAUGCUUAAUGAACGCUACCAGAUUGGUCCAGACCAGAUAGAGGCAUUAUAUCAAUAUGCCAAAUUUCAGUUUGAAUGUGGGAACUACUCUGGUGCUGCUGACUAUCUUUAUCAGUACAGGGCCUUGUGCACAAACAGUGAAAGGAGGUUGAGUGCACUAUGGGGAAAGUUGGCAGCAGAGAUAUUGAUGCAGAACUGGGAUAUUGCUCUUGAAGAACUUAAUCAGUUGAAAGAAAAAGUUGAUGAUUCAAAGAGUUUUACUUCUCCUUUGAGUCAGAUGCAAAGUAGAAUAUGGUUGAUGCAUUGGAGUCUGUUCAUCUUUUUCAAUCAUGAUAAUGGAAGAACACAGAUCAUUGACUUGUUCAAUCAGGAUAAGUAUCUCAAUGCCAUUCAAACAAAUGCUCCCCAUCUCCUACGCUACUUAGCCACUGCCUUCAUUGUCAAUAAAAGGAGGAGACCUCAAUUCAAAGAUUUUAUUAAGGUUAUACAGCAAGAGCAGUACUCUUUCAAAGAUCCCAUUACAGAGUUUUUGGCAUGUGUGUAUGUCAAUUAUGAUUUUGAUGGUGCACAAAAGAAGAUGAGAGAAUGUGAAGAAGUUAUAUUGAAUGAUCCCUUCCUGGGAAAACGAUUGGAAGAAGGCAACUUUUCCACUGUGCCACUGAGAGAUGAGUUCCUUGAAAAUGCUCGGCUGUUCAUCUUUGAGACCUAUUGCCGAAUUCAUCAGCGUAUUGAUAUGGGAGUGCUUGCUGAGAAGUUGAAUCUGAAUUAUGAGGAGGCUGAAAGAUGGAUUGUGAAUCUUAUUCGGAACUCAAAACUUGAUGCCAAGAUUGAUACAAAGACAGGAACUGUUAUAAUGGAGCCUAGCCAUCCCAAUGUGUAUGAGCAAUUGAUAGACCACACCAAGGCACUAUCAGGACGUACCUACAAGCUAGUCAGUCAGCUUAUGGAACAUGCACAAACACAAGCUGCUCGAUAAGUCAGUGCUGACAUUUCUUAGAUUUACUUGUUGCAAGUUUUGAUAUAUCUAGGUUAAAAUUAAAGCUUCCUGGUAAUCAAUCAUUUGCUGUUUUUUCCGGAGUUGGAAUGAAGAAAAAGAAUCCAGUAUUUUUGUAAGAUAAUUUAUAAUUAUGUUCUCAAUAUUUGCUGUAAACUUUUUUAAUUUUUAAAAGGUUAACAUGUUCUUUCUUGAUGAGAUUA